GCAGGAGGAGGAGGAGGAGGAGGACGGAGCAGGCGGGUGGCGGGGAGGCGGAGAAGGGAGGCAAGAAAGUAGCAGAAAGUGAGGCUGGCAACCCGCGGCAAAGAAGCCGGGCGAGCGGCGGCGGCAGGAAGUCUGUGUCACAGGCGAGCAGAAAUACGAGCCAGGGAGGGACCGCGGCGGCGGCGAGAGUGAAAGAGGAAACUGCAGAAGAGGAAGCUCUGCCGCUGCAGCUAGUCUCCUCCGGCUCCAGCGCCGAGCAUCCCCGCGCCGCCGGCCCCGGCCCUCGGGGACACCCUGCGCCCGCGCCGCCGCCCCUGCGCCCCCGCCGCCCGGCGCCCCCUCCUCAGCGUGUCCGCCCCGGCCCCACGAGCCCGGCCGCGCCGCCUCGCCACUCGCCGUGCUCGCCGCCUCUCGUCUGCCAUGGCCCGGGAGAAUUGCGAGAGCAGCUCCUCCUGGAAGAAGCAAGCGGAGGACAUCAAGAAAAUUUUCGAGUUCAAGGAGACCCUCGGAACCGGGGCAUUUUCUGAAGUGGUCUUAGCCGAAGAGAAGGCAACUGGAAAGCUCUUUGCAGUGAAGUGCAUUCCUAAGAAGGCGCUGAAGGGCAAAGAAAGCAGCAUAGAGAAUGAGAUAGCCGUGCUCAGAAAGAUUAAGCAUGAAAACAUUGUUGCCCUGGAAGACAUCUAUGAAAGCCCAAACCACUUAUACUUGGUCAUGCAGCUUGUAUCUGGUGGAGAGCUGUUUGAUCGGAUAGUGGAGAAGGGAUUUUACACAGAGAAAGAUGCCAGCACUCUGAUCCGCCAAGUCUUGGAUGCUGUCUACUAUCUCCAUAGAAUGGGCAUUGUGCACAGGGACCUCAAGCCUGAAAAUCUGCUGUAUUACAGUCAAGAUGAGGAGUCCAAAAUAAUGAUCAGUGACUUCGGACUGUCAAAAAUGGAGGGCAAAGGGGACGUGAUGUCCACGGCCUGCGGGACCCCCGGCUACGUGGCUCCCGAGGUCCUCGCCCAGAAACCUUACAGCAAAGCUGUUGACUGCUGGUCCAUCGGGGUGAUCGCCUACAUCUUGCUCUGUGGCUACCCUCCUUUCUAUGAUGAAAAUGACUCCAAGCUCUUUGAGCAGAUCCUCAAGGCGGAGUACGAGUUCGACUCCCCCUACUGGGAUGACAUCUCGGACUCUGCGAAAGACUUCAUUCGGAACCUGAUGGAGAAAGAUCCAAAUAAAAGAUACACAUGUGAGCAGGCAGCUCGGCACCCGUGGAUCGCGGGUGACACAGCCCUCAGCAAAAACAUCCACGAGUCUGUCAGCGCCCAGAUCCGGAAGAAUUUUGCCAAGAGCAAGUGGAGACAAGCAUUCAAUGCCACAGCCGUCGUCAGACAUAUGAGAAAACUCCACCUUGGCAGCAGCCUGGACAGUUCAAACACCAGUGUCUCAAGCAGCCUCAGUCUGGCCAGCCAAAAAGAUUGUCUGGCACCCUCCACGCUCUGUAGUUUCAUUUCCUCUUCGUCAGGGGUCUCAGGAGUAGGAGCGGAGAGGAGACCGAGGCCCACCACUGUGACGACAGUGCACUCUGGAAGCAAGUGACCGGCUCUGGAGGUGGGGCCCAGGGGCGGGGCCUCGGGCAGAGCCAGAGAAGGGAGUCCCCAGGGGCCACCAGUGCCACCAGCCACUCCAGAGUGACCCCACCUUGCAUGGUGCACCUUCCUGCACAGGACUGGAAGACAGAAGUUUUUUUAUGGCCAUAUUUUAUACUGCAAUUCUGAAGUGUUCAUUUCUCAUAGACUGUACUGACUCAAGGGAGCUGAUUUAAUAGGAUCUGGUGCUGUACAUAUGAAUCUCGCAAAGCUCUAAUGGAAUGAACUUUCUUUGUCCUCUCCCCGGCUUCUGUCACUUCUGCUCUUCUCAGUAUAGGCAACCGUCUAUGUUGUAUUUUUUCGUUAAUGACAAAAAGAGGUUUCAACUGGAUUAUUUAAGUAUUGGUAAAUAUUGUGCAUUAGGGUUUUUUUUUCCUUUUAAGAUAUGUGUCCUUGCAAUCCGUACUUCUUGGUUACAUGACCUGUAUCUUUCGCUUGUUGGUAGUAGAGUUUUAUGUUAACCGUUAAGAGAUUUUGUUUCCUCCCAGUCAAAUUUCAAGGUAUUGGAUAUUUUUUGAGUUUCUAACAUGAGGAUUGAGAAUCUGUGUCCAAGGUGAAGAGAGCACUUUACUCCUAUCCCUUCUGUCUCUGCCCCACCCUGGGAGGGGCAGUGCUCUAAGAAGACACCUGGGCGCUUCUGCGGGCCUGUCUUCUCUCUGGGCGCUUUAGGAGGGAACCUGCCGAAACCCUUCCUGGCAGCUCCUCCAACACCUCCCCCACCAACCAGAGAAAUCGAGGGGCCUCUCAUCAUCAGCGUUGAGAAGUUAAGAAGCCUGCUCCCCCAAGACUGAAGGUUGAAGACGUGCUGUGAAGGGGACACCCGCCCAGCAGAUGUGUAAGGACCUUCCUCACAAAAGGAACGAGGCACCGUUCCGUUCAAAGGGAACUUUCCACGCUGCUUAUUUCUCAUGAGGGGGUAACCCAUGAAAGCUCUGCUCUCAGCUAUGCAGUUUUCAAAGUAAUCUCUCUUUCUCUCUGUUUUUUAAAAAUGCAUUUCUAAUCUCUCACUUAAAAUGACCUCCAAGUCAUGUAAGUUGUUUCUGCAUAUUUUUACUCUGUUCUUGUACGAAUAUUAUCUGGAAGAGGAGAGGGAAAUGGCGUUGGAAAAGAAUCCAUUUAUCUGGGGUGGUGAAGAGAGUUGACUUGCCAAGCAAGCAGGACACGGGCUACAGUGAUGGCCAGAGACUGUCUCAGCCAGGCUCAGCUGGCGCUUAAAGCUGUCCCUCUGACCAGGGCUAUCAGAAAACCAAAGACCUGUGAUGGGGGCGUCACCAAAGGUCCCAGUCUGCCGGGGACUGAAGGGUUUCCCAGGGUGUAGGACUCACAGUGCUCAAACUGGCAAUGGCCUGGGCAAGCCAGGCCACAUUGUUCACCCAUGUGGUGGAUAGAUGUGCAAGAUGAGCAAGCACAGUGUGAGAUCCAGAGCAAACCACUUUUCAAGGGGAAUAAAAGCAUGCUGUCUCAUAGAGGCAGGCAGGUGUCUCCAGAAGCCAACUUUGCAAAAGCUCUCUGUCGACAGCCAUGCAGUGCCAGGAGCCUGCAUUCCGCACGGUCCCUGUAGGUCUGUGUGUCCCUGUGGGUCCACUGUUGUCCUCACGCCCUGCUCCUGCAGUUGGCCAGAUUUGGCAGGUCCUAUGGGCCAAACAAAGGUGGGCCAAGUGUUUGUCACUUGCACAUCUUUGCCUGUGUCCAGGCCACGUGUUUAGAGGUAGCUUCCCCAACACGCGCACACGCAGUGUCAGCAGGUUCAGUGCUCCCUUCCGCCUCCUGUGGGAUGGCGGUGCAGGUCACAUCGGAGCAGCUCGGAAGGCAGGCAGCGGGUCUCUCCUGUUCCCACACACGUCACAGGCACUCAGCCCCUGGGCAGGAAUCCCACUUGGCAUCUGCCACACAUGCAGCCAGAGUAAAACCAGGCUAUCGCUCUUUGAAAUCUGUAUAAAGCCUGGAAAACUCUAAGAUGACAACAGACCCAGUUAAGAAACAAGCAUCAACUGAGUUGGAUAUGCAUCAAACCCACCCCUCAGCCUUCAUGCAAUAAAAGCAUGAAUCUUGUACAUGCAAAGAGAAUCUGAGGAAAGGUAGGCAUCUCUCCAGGAGUUUUAGUAGGAUGUUGCUCAUUAACGAGUAUAAUGGGACAUUUAAGUUUCUACAGCAUAAGAAAACAAGGAAUUAGAUGUUAUCAGGGGGUGAACAUUUGCCUGAAUUUGGUACCUACAACGUGGGCCGUGUAGUCUUCAGUUCUUGGUUCUGUGUGUGAUACGCAGGCGGUUAGUCGCAUUGGAAAGGCAACAUUUGAAGCCAAAUUCUAUUACUGGUGACUAUUGUUUUCUGGAGCUGUUAUGUGGUGUGCAUGUUAUAUUCACUUCGUCUGAAAGUCUGUCUUACCUGGAAAGUGCAGAACAGCCGAAAGGUGGGCACAGUGGCCAGUGCCCUCUGUGGUUGGGGUCGGCUCCUGGUGGCCGUGCUUGGCCUGUGACAUGUCAGGACUCGGUCUCAUAGUGCCGUGCCCGGGGAUGGGGACGGGUUUCAUCCCAAAGGUUGAACUUGACAUCAGGCAAGUCCAUAGCAUCUCAAUGCCACCAGAUUUAGAUCAUUUCCUAUUGUUUUAUGAAGAGGAGAAAAUAAUUACCGUAUGGGAGAACUUUUGACCUUUAGGGAGAACAUGAGAGGUAUAAGGCUAGAGGUUCUGUUUCAGGUGUGUUUGGUAUUACUUAUGUCUCAUAACCACAAGGGAAGAGAGCCCAGAAUGUGCCUUUUGUUAAGACCUGCAGGGUGAGUGGCAGAGUCCCAAGACCCUCGCUGAAGUCUAAUUCCACCAACAGGAGCUGAGCACCUCAUAGGUGCUCCAGCUUAUACCCGCCCUUGAGCCACUGUGUGGCUGAGGCUAAGGGUGGACCUCUGGCCCCCACCACAGGCUUCCUCUCCACCCAAGCCCCCCAUUUGGUCUCUUUCACCUUCUCAGAGCAAGUGGAUUUUUUCCUCACUUGAAUAUUACAUUCAAAACAGUGUCCUCGAAUGGCCUCCUCAGCUGCCUGUCUGUGCCUCCCUAGCUCCCUGACCUCCAUCUCGCCAUGAAAGCCAUAAGUGAAGCUAGCACUUGUCUGGAACAGUGAGCAUGUGCCCACGUGCAGGCCCCAGACUGACCGGCAGCACGCCGCUAGCCAGGGCCCGGGAGCCUAGACUGCUCACUGCCGUCCCUCAGAGAGCAUGCUGGGCUUUGGGGUGUCAGGCUGGGGUCAGGUAGCAGGAGCUGGAGCUGAGAGGGGCAGUGUCUGCCCAUGUGAAGUGCCCAUGACCAUGGACACCCUCAAGAAAAGAUGCCCAGAGGAACUGACAGCCACGCCAGGCUGCUCCCUGCACUUUCACCACCUCCUACUGCCCCUGGCUCCCAGGAGAACAGAGGGGAUAUGUCCUCUUCACAUUCCCUUUUCAAAGAAAAUUGCAGAAAGCAGGCCCCCCAAAACCACUCAUGGCUCUGCAUUCUUGACUAUGGCGGUGAUGCCAGUCACUUCUAAAAUUCUACCACCAGAAUGGAGCAGCUCCCCCUGGCACGGGAGCCUGGCCUGCGAGAGGGACCCACUCUUCAGCUAGCUCUUAGCAUAGUGUCCUAGGAACUUGGCAGUCAGCUUGGGACUAAAGAAGACACCCUUGGCUAAACAGGCCAGGCACUGGCACUGCAGAAGCACGAGCCAUCUGGUGAAAGGGAUUAGGCACGUGACCCUAAGACUCAGUUUACCUGCUCAGCACUAAUCUCAUCCUGUUCAUUGCCUACCUUGGUGCCCAGCGUGUCCUGGAUGGAUUGUGGGUGGGAGAGGGAGACUCAACUUUAGAAUGAAAGGCAAGGACAGCAGAGAUGAAGGGAGCCCAAGGGACCCCUCCUGAAAGGGGACUGACCCUCUCCCUCAAGGAGCAACAGCUUAAUCUGACUAACCCGCUGGGGUUUGACAGUUCAGGAGCAGGUUCAGGCAGAAAGAAAAGACUGUAUCCCAGGGGAGAUAACUAGGUGUUGUUAAGGCUGUGGCCCUGUGGCCCCAUGGCCCCUUGGCCCACCCGGAGCCUGGGCUGCUGUCACUCUCACACUGGAGAGGCCACACCGAACCGUCAUCGCUCCAGGGCUGGAGACUGGAGGGCUGGGCCAUCGCCUCUGUGCUCCUGCAGGCAAUGCCCCCUACUCUGUGUGAUCGUCACAGCACACUGUGGGGUUUCCUUUGGAAUUGAGAAGGGGAAGCAAGGACUGGCAAAGGGCAGCUCCCCUCCCCACCCCGCUUCCACAGACAGAAAUGAGAUGCACUCUCCCAGGGUCCCACAUUGCUUCUGGCCAGCGAAAUGAAGGUCAUUUUGACUCAACCAGCGCACGAAGCCUUUGCAUGUUCUCCCGAAACGAUGCCACUUGUUCUGUCUACUCACACUCGGCAGUUUGCCUUUUCCUUAACACAUUCCAGACCAAAACACUGUUUAGUUUGUCUCCAAAACAAAUGUAUAACUGUACGAAUCCACCAUUCUUUGCGGGGGAGGGGGGCGUUGCUCCUGGUUCUAGUUGGGGACUUCAAGUGUACCUGGCAGUUGCAAAACAAAGUAUUCCUCCAGUACUUUGGCUUUCAGAAUCAAAAAUGUUCGGAUAGUAAAGGCAAAUUGGGGAAACAGAUCCUAAAAGGAGAGAGACACUUCCUGAAGAUUCGAGAAAACUGGUCUGCAGGUGAGCCAGCUACUGUGGACAGCCCACGAGGAGGAGAAAGAGGAAGACAGAGGCCCACACCCUCCUCAGCCCAAACCUCCAUUGUGGUCCCCGUGCCCUGCGACCUGCCACCCAGGUGUGGGCGCAGCAGCUGGCCCCACUGCGAAGAUGGCCCUGUAUGCUGGCCGGGGCCUGGCCCGAGGCAGGUGGGCAGAGCGGCGCCCCAGCCUCCCCGGUACCUGCAGCAGGAGCAGCCCCACUUGUGGCCCCGGGGCCCCACGUCUACAAACCCAGAGGCUGUGCAUUUGGCAGCCAAACCCACAGCAUGUGGCUGCCAGGUCUGGUUUUGUGGACAAAGCGAAGUGUGGAAUGGCUUCUCUGUAUCUUUCUACACCAAAGGGACAAACUGUUGCAUUCACCCUUUGUACUAAAGCGCUUCUGCAUUCACCACACUCAUUUUUAACCUUUUGGUCUCCAGGGAACUUCUAUGAUGAUUAUGUCUUCUGAUUAUUUACUGAAUUAUUUUACUCAGAGGUGAUUUUAUUUUCUUAUUGACAGGAAAAAAAGAAAACAAGAGGAGUGUUUGAGGCAUUAGCUGUAGCGAUAAAAUGUCACCAGGGACUCAAAAGCCCCAAACACUAGAUACAUUACUUCUCAGAGGGAAACCUUAAUCUGGACAAGCUGAGGUUCCUAGGACUUUGGAGAAGGCCUGCACUUUGGGGAGCAGGGUGCAGCCAGCACUGGCAGCGGGCUGGGAGGGGAGGGGAGGGGAGGGAAGGGAAAGGGAGCUGUCUGUGCCCUUCUCCCCAGGACACUUGGCCUUCAGAGUGGUGGGAGACGCUGUCCAAAUGGCAACAGAAAUGCUUGGUUUUCAAAGAGAGCGUUUAUCUUAGUCCCACGCUCAUGUUGGAAGACAUAAAAGAUACAUUCCAUCCAGAAUCAAAUUUGGGGCAAUUUCUCAAUUGGCUUUGGUCACUACACACAGUGUCAUCGCCCCUCUUGCAGCUGUCCCAGCACUAAGCAUGUUUCCCAAAAGCUUCCGAUGUCAAACCCAGGAAUGUCCCCGUGUCUGUUAUUACCGGGCUUGCAAUUGGUUCCACUUUUCCAUGAAAACAUGCUCGUCCAAAAGAAGGGAAACUGUGCAUUUAGUCCAUGCAUGUAACAAACUCUGCAAGAAGUUUAGCCCUCAUAGGUUUGCGGCUCUGCAAAAAAUGUGAAUGGGCUACGUAGCAGAUGAUUCUCUGCCUUGACAAUCAUGUACACAUACCAAGGUUUCUAUCAUAAUGGCAACGAGACCGAUGACUUCUUGUUUUCCUCCAAUAAAGACGAUUAAUCACCUUUA